CACCGACAUACAGGAAGAAAAGAGACGAAGCCUCGUCUGCCCUGAAAGCCUGCGCACUGCACACUCCUACGGCGGAAUUGACAGCGAUAUAAAACACCAAAUCAGUGCUUGACCAGUGUAGCAGGUAUGGCUGAGUUGGCGGGUCUAGUGCAGCGGCUGGAGGUGGCGGUGGCUCGCCUGGAGUCCAUGUCAGGCCCUGGACAAUCAGCUGAGGGAGCUGUAUCGGUGUUCGUCGAGGCCUUUGAUGAGAUCAUGAGCGGUCCCGUGGCCCAGUACCUCUCCCUCAGCCAGCAGAUCGGGGGUGACGUACAGAAACAUGCAGAGCUGAUGAACCAGGCGUUCUCCACCCAUAGAAAACUCCUGCAAACAGCCUCCUCCAGCCAGAAGCCCUCUGAUGCAGUUUUGACGACUCUCCUGCAGCCGGUGUCCAAAGCGAUCCAGGUGGUGCAGGUGUUUCGCGAGCAGAACCGCACCUCGCCCCUUUUCAACCACCUCUCUGCCGUGAGCGAGAGCGUGCCUGCCCUCGGAUGGGUCGCCAUGGCUCCUAAGCCAUGCCCCUAUGUUAGAGAUUUGCUAGAAGCCGCCAUGUUCUACACUAACCGUGUGCUGAAGGAAUACAAGGAGAAGAACAAGACCCAUGUGGAAUGGGUGAAGGCCUACGUCACUAUCUGGACCGAGCUGCAAAACUACAUCAAAAAGUACCACACCACCGGACUGACCUGGAGCAAGAGCGGUCCCGUAGCUUCAGCCUCGGCAGCUCCCCCCCCUGCUCCUGCUGGUGGGUGUCCUCCCCCUCCUCCCCCCGGACCUCCUCCUCCCCCCGUGGACCUCUCCGGACCCGAUGAUGGCGGCAGCGGUGGUGCUGCCAAUCGUAACGCUUUGUUUGCCUCCAUCAACAAGGGAGCCGACAUCACCAAGGGCCUGAAGCAUGUAAGCGACGACCAGAAGACCCACAAGAAUCCUACCCUGAGGGGACAGGUUGCUCCAGUACGUACUGGACCAAAACCUUUCACUUCCCAAUCUCCCCGGCCGGCGGCGUCUGCCACCCCCACCCACACGCUGCCGCCUGUGUUGGAGCUGGAUGGAAAGAAGUGGAAAGUGGAGAACCAAGAGGGAGUGCAGGACCUGGUGAUCAGCGACACUGAGCUCAAACAAGUGGUUUAUGCUUUCAAGUGUAACAAGAGCACCCUGCAGAUCAAAGGCAAAAUCAACUCAAUCACUAUAGACAACUGUAAGAAAAUGGGUUUGGUGUUCGACGACGUCGUGGGCAUCGUAGAGAUCAUCAACAGCAAGGACGUCAAGGUCCAGGUCAUGGGUAAGAUCCCCACCAUCUCCAUCAACAAGACAGACGGUUGCCAUGUCUACCUGAGCAAAGACUCUCUGGAAUGCGAGAUCGUCAGCGCCAAGAGCUCAGAGAUGAACAUCCUGGUACCCAACAAAGACGGAGAAUUUACGGAGCUCCCUGUUCCUGAGCAGUUCAAGACCAUCUGGGACGGCAAGAAGCUUGUUACCACAGCAACGGAGAUCGCCGGAUAGACCGGGGCAGCAUGAGAGAUGGCCGCCCCUCCUCGACACCAUCCCCACCCCUUUUUUUGCAAAUGCCUUCCUGACUGAUCCACCACCCAGCUAACUCUCACGCUGUAGACUGAGAUUUGGACCUCAUACGUUAUAUCUCCCACCCUUCCUCCUUAUCAGCCAAUCACAGCUUAAGCUGUCCCUCCAAUAAGCCAAUGAGAGGACUGCUCAUGUCUAUCUGGAGCAAAUCCUUCAGCCAAUCAGCAGGGAGCAGCUUGUCAUUCAAAUUGGUUUUUCCCUGUGAGCCAGUGAGCACUUUCAAGAAACAUUCAUGAGUUUUGCCAAUAGCUGGGAUGCUCUGUAUGAUAUUUUUAAUCUAUCUGGAUAUGCUAAGCUAAAUUUAACAUGUAGAAUAGCCAACAUGGGAACAGGGACAUUGAUUCCACUGCAACAAAAGCACUGCAGCCAAUCAGGAUGCUUCAGGCUGCUCUUUUCUUUCUCCUCUUCCUGGUCUGGAGGGGCUGGUGUGUGUUUUUUGGUCCGGUUUCUGUUCCAUUAUAUGCAAUUCAGUGGUGAAGCACUUGUCAAACACAACCCUUUUAAAGGAGAUAAUGGCAUCCAUAUCACCUCCGCUGAUGUUGACUGUAACAAUAUUAACAUUCAUGGUGGAUAAUA